UGAACCUCCUCCUCAAGCCUACCUCCUCACUGACAGCGCCAUGAAGGUCUCCAGAGCUGUUCUGACCCUGGUCCUUAUCGCUGCAGCCCUCUGCUGUCAAGUCUAUGCUUCGCCUGAUGGUCCUGGCACACCAACAACCUGCUGCUUUGACUUCACCAGUAAGAGGAUCCCUUCAAAGCUGGUGGUGAGCUAUGGGACCACCAGCAGCAGAUGUGCCAAGGAAGGUGUGAUCUUUACCACAAAACAAGGCUACAACAUCUGUGCCAACCCAAAGGAGCAGUGGGUACAACAUGUUAUGAAGCAAGUAGACAGCAAGAAAGCCAAGCCCCAGAGUCCAUGAAGGCCACUUCUACUUCCUCUUGCCACUGCCUGCUUAGAGACUGAAGCAGGAUAGAAGGAUAAUUUAUUUCCCUCCCACUUCCCACAGCUGCUCUGUGUAACAUUUUAUUAUAAUUUAAAUAUGUUUUGUCUUAUUUAAAUUAUUGUUGUUUAACUUCAUGUGUCACAAGAAUUUGUGCUGAAAUUAUGAUUAUUUUUUGUAACCCACUCUUGGGCCAGCACUUCACCUCUGUGCCUUAACUUUCUCAUCUGUAAAAUGGAUGAGGCUCCAUUCCUCUCCUCUCUCUUCAUAAAGAAUUGUAUUAAAAAUCCAUGUGAAAGUUAUUUGAGCCUUUUACAGGGAAGUCACUCCCUUAACCCAAGAUAUUGGUGAUGAAUGUUAUUAUGGAAAACAAUACUACACUACGGCUAUUGAGUUUCUGUGGACAAAUAUAUUUUUGUUUAAGAAA